CGUCACGGAGAUCCUCUGCCUCUUAGCAACGGACUGACGCUUGUCGUGAUUUUCAUGAAGUAUAAAUGCGAAAACGGUCGGCAUGAGCGAGCAAAUCAAGUUCAUCGUGGAGCAGCUCAACAAAGAGCCCUUCAAGAAGAACUUCAACCUCAUCACGUUCGACUCCCUGGAGCCCAUGCAGCUCCUGCAAGUCCUCAACGAUGUCCUGGCAGAUAUUGACCCCAAGCAAGCCAUCGAUAUCCGAGAGGAGAUGCCAGAACAGACAGCAAAGAGGAUGUUCUCCCUGCUGGGAAUGCUGAAGUACAAAGCACCUGGAAGCACGGCCGAAGCAAGUGCUUUUCGACAAGGUCUCGUGACAGGCAGCAAACCGGUGAUCCACCCCAUCCUGCACUGGCUGCUCUCGAGGGUCACGGAGCUCAAGAAGAGGGCUUACCUGGCCCGCUUCCUCGUCAAGAUCGAGGUCCCGGCCGAGUUCAUGCAGGAUGAUGUCAUCGCCGACACCUACCACCAGUAUGAGGAGCUGGUGGAGGGCUUCAAGAGCUACCACAAGGAGUGCGAGCAGCUCCGGGGCUCCGGCUUCUCCACAGCAGAGAUCCGCAGGGACAUCGUGACGAUGGAGGAGGAGAAGGACCAGCUGAUAAAACGGGUGGAGCGCCUGAAGAAGCGAGUGGAGUCGGUGUCCAACCACCAGCGCAUGCUGGAUCUGGUUCGAGAGCUGCGGCUGGAGAAGGAGAGGCAGGAGUCCCUCGCCCAGCAGAAGCAGGAGCUGAAGAACCAGCUGUUUCAAGCGGACCAGAGGCUCCAGAGACUCCAGCUCCAGCUGAAGGAGCUGAGACAGGCCAGCGCCGACGCCGACCCCGAGAGCCUCAUGAAGCGUCUCGAGGAGGAGAUCAAGAUCAACACUUACAUGGUGAAUGAGAAGCUGCCCAAGGAGCUGGAGAGCAGGAGACGGGCUGUGCAGUUCCUGCAGAAGCUGGUCGCAGAGCCCGCCAUGGGGCAGGAUGACCUGCGGGAGCUGGAGGAGCAGAUUCGGGAAGUCAAUACGCAGAUAAACCAGCUGACUGAGCAGAGGAUGGUGAAGAACAACCCUAUGGAUGACAAACUGUCCCUCUUCCGGCAGCAGGCCUCCAUCAUUGCACGGAAAAAGGAAGCAAAGGCAGAGGAGCUGCAGGAGGCGCGCGAGGAGCUGGCAGCAGCCGAGAAGGAGCUGGCCCAGAAGAGCAGCCAGCUCCGCGACCUGGAUGGCGCCGAGGUCGUCCGGGGAGAUGAGUUCAAGCGCUUUGUGGCAAAGUUGCGCACCAAGGGCACCGUGUUCAAGAAGAAGCGGCAGGAGCUUGCUGAGUUGAGGGCCGAGUACGGGGUCCUGCAGCGCACUGAGGAGAUCCUGAAGCAGCGGCACGAAGCCAUACAGCAGCAGCUGGAGUCCAUCGAGGCCCAGAGGGGCAUUUCCGGGUACAGCAACACCCAGGAGGAGCUGGAGCGCGUGUCGGCCGUCAAGAGCGAGCUGGACGAAGCCAAGGGUCGCGCCCUGGACAACAUGUCUGAAAUGGUCAGGAAGCUCAACGCUUUGAUCGCGGAGAAGAAGUCGGCUCUGGCGCCCCUCAUCAAGGAGCUGCGGCCCCUGAGGCAGCAGUGCCAGGAGCUCAACCAGGAGUACGAGGAGAAGAAAGCCCAGUACGAGAGCUGCGCAGCCGGACUGGAAAGUAAUCGGUCCAAACUGGAACAGGAAGUGAAGGCGCUGCGGGAGGAAAUGGAACAGGAAGAGAGCCGCUAUCACUACAUCAGCUGCAUGAGAGAGAUCACCGAGGUGAAGAUCCAGAGGGCGGCAGACGAGAUGAAAGCGUACGUCUCCUCCGACCAGCAGGAGAGGAAGAAGACCAUCAGGGAGCAGUACAUGAAGAAUAUCGCAGAGCAGGAGAGCCUGGGCAAGAAGCUGCGGGAGCAGCAGAAGGAGGUGCGCGAGAGCCAUGGCUCCAACAUGAAGCAGAUGAAGAUGUGGCGCGACCUGGAGCAGCUCAUGGAGUGCAAGCGCCAGUGCUUCCUGCGGGCGCAGAGCCGCGACUCCGUGGGGCAGGUGAUCCAGGAGGGGGGCGAGGACCGCCUGGUGCUGUGAGGCUCGCGCCCCUGCCCCAGCCGCUUGGACCGCGCGCCCCUGUUCCUCUCCUCCAUCGCUGUGCUCUUUCUUCCUUGGUUAUGUAAUGUGUUGGGGCAGCAGGUGGCGUAGCGGUUUGACCCAUAGCCUUGUAACUGAAGGACAUGGGUUCAAAUCCCUGCUGUAGUACCCUGGUACUUAGCCUCAGCUGAUACAAUAAAAAUUACCCGGUACAUAAAUGAGUAAGUCCUUGUGAGUAGCUUACGGUAGAAACAGUAACAUCGAAAGUUAGGUUGGAGACAAGAGUGAGAUGAUGAUUAUAAUAAUACCAGUUUUAUUAUUAAUAUUUUAAUAUGCCACAAUAUGGAACUACAGUGCUUAUUUUUACUUGUUUACGAAUGACUGAAUAAAUAGUAAGCAUGCAGGAUAUGUAUAUUUUAUGAGAAACGUUACAUCUCUAUAGAACUCGUGCAGUUAUUUUUGCUCUUUUAUUGUUCCAGCUACUUUACUUCGCUCUCGGUGUAAAAUCCUCCCGUCGGCUGUGAGUUUGAAAUGCGGUCUCAUUAACGCGGUCCCGCUGGCGCCCGUCCAGCAGCCGGUGUGGGACGGUGCGGAAAGUGGCUCCGAGAAGACCAAGUAGGGGGGUGCAGCAUUCGGGGAGUGUGGUGGGGGGGCGUCGGGUAAGGGGAGGCCUCGUUCGCUCGUCCAACAAAUCCCCCCCCCCCGCGUCUCGAACCAUCUUCAAGAACACGGCUCGCGUGUGUGUCUAAAGAUAACGGCGGACAAAGUGUCGCACCCGGGCCGCUGCCGCCCCACGGUAUUUUGGGAAACAACAGAGCUGACCUUGGACAGAGGGGCUUGCCAAGUUUGGAGCUCACCGGGAGCUCUGAGCGGUGUGUGCGGCGGAAGGGCACUCCUCCGACCCCCCCCCCCCCACGUAUUUCACACCACUUCACCAAUGGGUCCUGUUUCACCAUGUUUUACUCUUGUAAAACCAGCCUUCCUGUCUGUAUUUGCACUGUAUCUGCAUUGUGCACUAAACUCCUCACACUGAUUCACACAUUUAUACAGCAGGGUAAUUUUUACCGUAUGAAUUCAGGGUUAGUACCUCGAUCGAGGGUCCCAGAGCAGGAACUGGGAUUCGAACCCAGGGCAUUGGGUGCAGGGUGUCUCCUCUAACCGCUAUGCCACC